AUGGGAAGUGAAAGCACCGUUGGAAGUGGAGAGAACGUUUACAUGUGUUCUGUGUGUGGGCGAAACUUCAGUCGACCGUCUGGCCUGUCGAGACACAACUGCAGUUACACUGGGGAGAAACCGUGGAAGUGUGGCGUUUGUGGGAAGGCUUUCAGUUCCCCAUCAAAGGUGGAAACCCAUCGGCGCAUUCACACCGGAGAGAGACCGUUUACCUGCUCCGAAUGUGGAAAGGGAUUUUCCCAGUUGUCCCACCUGCUCUCUCACCAGAGAGUCCACACCGUGGAGAGGCCGUUCUCCUGCUCGGAGUGUGGCAAGGGAUUCACUGAGCCCUCCCACCUGCUAAUACACCAACGCGUUCACACUGGGGAGAGACCUUUCAAGUGCCAAGACUGUGGGAGGUGCUACAAAAGUUCGGGGGAGCUGAUGUCCCAUCAGCGUGUCCACACGGACGAGAGGCCGUUCCGACACCGCCGAGUUCACGAUGCAGAGGGACCGUUCACCUGCUCCUAUUGUGGCAAGCGAUUUACUCAGUCAUACAACCUGCAGAGACACCAGCGGGUUCACACCGAUGAGAGACCUUUUAAAUGUCCUGACUGUGGGAAGUGUUCUCGAAGUUCCUGGGAACUGAUGUCCCAUCAGCGUAUUCAUACCAACGAGAGACCAUUCAGGUGCUGUCACUGUGGGACCGGGUUCAGGCAGUCAUCUGACCUCACUGUUCACCAGCGAAUUCACACCGGGGACAAACCUUUCAAAUGUCCCGAAUGUGGGAAGUGCUUUAAGUGUUCCAAGGAACUGAUGUCCCAUCAACGCGUUCACACUGACGAGAGACCGUUCAGGUGCUCCGACUGUGGGACUGGGUUCAGGCGAUCCUCAGACCUCACUAAACACAAGCGAAUUCACACCGGGGAGAAACCGUUCAUCUGCUCCAAGUGUAAGAAGGGAUUCAGCCAGUCUUCCACCCUGCUGAAACACCAGAGAGUUCACAAGUGA